CAAGUUGCCAUCGAAAGAGAAGAAGAACCGUUAGGACAAAGUAAAGCAUUAAUUUCAGUAGGAUCAUUUACAGCACAGUCAUCGAGUAAAGGUCAAUAACCUGGAAAUCUCAUCUUAUCAGGAUCAAGGCGUUCUUGUGAUCGAGUAAUUUGUCAUGGCUGAGGUGCAGUUUCGUCGCUACCGAGAAGAAGAUCAUGAAGAAGUAAAGGAGGUCUUUACUGUUGGUAUGAGUGAGCACAUCCCACCUUCCUGCAUGCACGUUCUCAAACAGCCCCUAGCGCAGAUGAUUCUGGGAUGUGCGUUUUGCGCUUUAUUGACCAGCUCAAAGUCCAUCCUUUUGCCUGUACUAGCAGUCACGCUGCUUUUGGCCGGAGGCCGUCAGGCUGUAAGUUACAUGUUCACCAAGUACAUUCAGACUACCCUUGAUCAAGAUCUCAACCACAUUCAGCAGACUUACCUGGAUCCACCUAAAGCCUGCUUCUGGGUGGCUGAGAGCCAAGGUCGUGUUGUGGGUACAGUAGGGUGUUUACCUGCAGAGAAAGAUGAGAACUUCCUAGAACUGAAGCGGAUGUCGGUUAAAAAGAGUCACCGUGGACAAGGCAUUGCCAAAAUGCUGUGCCGUAUGGUGGCAGACUUCGCUCGUGAACGAGGUUAUCUCGGAGUGAUGCUCCACACCUCGGUGGUCCAGACAGAUGCACAGAAGCUCUAUGAGCACAUGGGCUACCAGAAGGUCAGUGAAUUUAAUGCUCCAGAUGUGAUUGCCAAGCUGACUAAUUUCACAUUGAUUGAGUACCAACUCAUCAUAAAACACCAUCACAACUGAGACUGAGAUCU